AUGUCAGGGGCAGAAACCAAGACAGAGGUCUUCGCAGUCCUUGAUAUGGGAGAGCAGGCAACGGAGAAAGGCUCGAGAAACACGAACAAGAGGAGAUGCAUAUACGAGCAGCAUGUGCAGCCCUGUCUGGCCGAGCUGUUUGGGACCGGUCUGUUUGUGUUUGUGGGGUGUGCAUCUGUUAUAGGGAAUGUGGGAGCAGGUGGUGUCCUCCAGCCGGCUGUGGCACAUGGACUGGCGCUGGGUGUUCUCAUCGUGGUGUUUGGGAACAUUAGUGGGGGCCACUUUAACCCUGUGGUGUCUCUGAGCGUCUACCUGUGUGGAGGGAUGAAGCUGCUUCUGCUGGUGCCUUAUAUCCUGGCUCAGAUGUUUGGAGGGAUGGUUGGUGCUGCUUUGGCCAAGGCAAUGUGCCCCACUAACCAGUAUGAAGCUGUCCUCGGAGGAGCCCUUCACCCCAGCAUCAGCGAUCUGGGUAAAACCACACUGGCAGAGGCGAUGAUGACCCUGUUCCUCACCACAGUGGUGUGCAUGGGGGCUGUCAACAACCAAACCCGUUCUCCGUGGGCUCCUUUCUGCAUCGGCCUCACCGUGACAGCCAACAUAUUUGCUGGAGGGAUGGUGUCUGGAGCCUGCAUGAACCCUGCCCGAGCCUUCGGUCCUGCGGUGGUUGCCUCCCACUGGAACCAUCACUGGAUUUACUGGGUUGGACCCACCUGUGGUGCGCUGCUCACUGUCAGCUUCAUCAGGUUGUUAUUUGGUGACCAGAAGACUCGAGUUGUGCUGAAGUGA